AUGCAGAGUGAGAUCCCAGCUAAUAGUCCACUCGUACCCGAGCCGAUGCAGUUAACUCCAAAUAUGGGAAUCCCAGACGAUCGUCACCCUCUUAUAGCGUUCUGUGAAAAUAAUGAAGUUUUCAUGAACGAGACAAAUGUUCAUUUUGAAAAGUUGAUGCUCGAUUUCUCCCAACUCGAAUUGGAUACAAAACAAAGAACUACGCACUUGAAUUACAGGUAA